AACGACGACGCCAUUGGUGAGCGCGGCCGGAAGUGUACCUGACUGAGGGGGAAGUAGAAGGUCUCGGAGGGCCGAGUGGUGGAAAGCAGAGCUGCGAGCUUGGGAAGAACAUCGUGGGUCUCGCGGCGUGGGACAGUUAGCCUCACCUCCCUCCCUGAACUCAGCAUGGGUGAGAAGUCAGAGAACUGUAAGGUUCCAGAAGAUCUGUUCAGUGGUUUGAAAGUUACAGAUUCUCAGGAAGCAGAGUCAGCCAGCCCCCAGGUCUCUGAUCUCAAGGACCAGCAUUCCCAGAGCAAGCUACUAAAGGAUGAUGGAGCCCAUCCCCAGGAGGACCAUGGAGAAGAGGAAUGUUUUCAUGACUGUAGUGCCUCCUUCGAGGAGGAGCAGCCAGGGGCACAGAUGGUAGGGGACAAAGCCACUGAUGAGUCUAGUUCCUCUGAACUAGAUGAGGAAUACCUAACAGAACUGGAAAAAAACAUGCCUGAAGAAGAGAAACAGAAAAGAAGAGAAGAGAGCACUAAACUAAAGGAGCAGGGGAAUGAACAGUUUAAGAGAGGAGAUUACAUAGAAGCUGAGAGUUCUUACAGUCAAGCCCUUCAGAUGUGCCCAUCCUGUUUCCAGAAGGAUCGGUCUGUUCUGUUUUCAAAUAGAGCUGCUGCAAGGAUGAAACAGGACAAGAAGGAAAUGGCCAUCAGUGACUGCAGCAAAGCAAUUCAGUUAAACCCCAGCUACAUCCGGGCAAUAUUGAGGAGAGCGGAGUUGUAUGAGAAAACAGACAAACUAGACGAAGCACUGGAAGAUUACAAAUUGAUAUUAGAAAAAGACCCAUCAGUACAUCAAGCAAGAGAAGCUUGUAUGAGAUUACCUAAGCAAAUUGAAGAACGUAAUGAAAGGUUAAAAGAAGAGAUGUUAGGUAAACUAAAAGAUCUUGGCAACUUGGUUCUUCGGCCAUUUGGACUCUCCACAGAAAAUUUCCAGAUCAAGCAGGAUUCUUCUACCGGCUCCUACUCCAUCAAUUUUGUUCAAAAUCCAAAUAAUAAUAGAUAACAGAACUAACAGUAGUCAUAAAGGCUGACUGGGAGGCCAUGAACUGUUCAAGGGCAAGACCCUGCAGGUGUUUAAUGUUAAAAAGCGUCUUAUCUAAGGCUGUGUAGAUUCUGAGCUGCCUUGUUUUAUGAUCAGGGUGGAAUGUGCCUCCUGAUGUAAUGAGCCUCAAUAAUUUCCAUUUUAAGGUGGUGUCCAUGCGCCUGCUGGGUUUGUUGUUUUUUGUUUUGUUUGGGAGAAGCCUACUUGCCAAGGCUGACCUCUUAGAGCCACACAAAUGUGCUAGCCAGCAAAAGCCUCUCCCUAACCAUGCAAGCCUGUCAGUUAGGUGAUGACCAUACAUGCUGGACAGGGUCUCCUCCUGCUGUCCCUCCCUGCUCAUAUUCUCAGAGGCUGCACUGCAGGAGCUUCAGCAACCCUGAGUUCCUGUGUUAAUAAAAGCUUUCUGUAAAA